AUGCGCAGUACUGGUCUGAUAACAUAUGUUGAGAACUCGGGAGGCUCUGGGCAGGAGGGAAUAGGCCCGUGUUUGAAGUCAACCGGCACAUUAAGCUGGAGACGCGGCGGAGAUGCGCUCUUGUUCAAAGCCGUGGAAGGAACCGCUGCGGGGAACGUCCAAACAUCAAGAGCUGACCCCGGCGCUGUUUCCCCCCGCCACACGUCCCCGUCCCGCCGCCGUAUGCUGCCUGCGUACACCCAAAGACAAGCAGCGACGCACCAUCUGGCCCCGCUUUCCGAUUCCCCCGGUCUCACGAUGGGAAUCCAAACUAUGCCACCUCCAGGCCCCUCUGGGUCGAGUUGGCGAGGGUUGGAGGAGGUCUGCGCUCUCCCAGUGUUCCCAGUUGCCCUUUUCGGCGCUAAUCCCCUUGUGAUGGUUCCAGCGUGA